AGACACAGGAAACCUCAAAUAAACACACAGAAUAAACUUCUAAAGCGCAGUCUGCACGACUGGACGAUUCGGGAGCCGAAUUUCAUUGAAAGUUUGGAUUUGAAACUUUAUGACAGCUGGAGGUGCGCUCCGUUCUCCGGCGUCACGCCCGUCGCAUUCCUCCUUUUGUUUUUCGUGUUCGCCGGAGCUGAAGUUCGCGCGACACCAUUGCUCCAGUUCCCUCCCACGCCGGCGUGUCCCUCCACCCGGUCCACUCCCAAGGUGACUGUACGCCCAGCGGCGACACCUGGCCACAGCAAUGAGUCGUACCUUCGCAAGACGUCGUUAGUUUGAGAGAGGCUGCGGCAGCUGGACCUGGGUCGGCUCGGUUCGCAGCAGCAGCAGCAGCAGCAGCAGCAAUGGGGGACCAAGAUGCUGGUUCGGAUGAAGGAGUUGGCCUGAGAAGGAACCGCCGCAGCGAGCUGACUCCCCGGCGGGCUGAACCCCCCUCUGGCUGCUGCGCCACCGGCCAGGAUCCCGGUCGGUAACCGCCUUCCGGUGUGCUCUCCGCCGACGCCGGUGUCGUUUCGUUCAUGUUUUCCGCUCAGAAUGGAUCGCGGCAGCGUCUGGAAAUGUUCUGCGGUGACGUGCGGAAGCUCAACCAUUUGCAGAAAAAACCUUUAUGUCAUGAGAAGAAGUCGUCAUAUCGCCUUUGGUUUCAGCUCCUGGUUCUUUUAUGCCUGCUGAUCCUCUGUCUCUUCCACUCUGUGUGCAACAACACACAGUCACGUGGGGAAGGUUUUUCUCUCCAAAAUAAAUGCAGUCGACUUUUUGUUCAAACUCCUGGGGGAAAUGCACCGCCUUAUCGAGUCCACCCGAAACACAGACUUAUUAUGCUCAAUGAUAUGAAUGACAACACAGAGCCAGACACUGUGCAGCAACAGCGCCUUCAGUACCACGAAGCUUAUCCGCACAACUACAGGUUUGUCAUGGACAAUGUCGAGGUUUGCAAAGUCAGCUCGCCCCUCCUGGUCCUGAUGGUGCCGGUGGCGCCGAAAGACGUUUUGGCUCGGGACGCGAUCCGGGCAACGUGGGGCAAAGACCGAGUGGUUCAGGGCGAGAUGGUACUCACUCUGUUCAUGUUGGGUCUCGAUAACAGACAUGACGUUGAGAAGCUCCAACAGGAGAACCAGCAGCACAACGAUCUGAUCCAGAGUAACUUCCUGGACACGUAUCUCAACCUGACCAUUAAAACCAUGGUGAUCAUGGACUGGCUGGCCACGCGCUGCCCUUCGGCCGCCUACGCCAUGAAGGUGGACUCCGACAUGUUCUUGAACGUUGAUAACCUGGUGAUUAUGUUGAAGAAGCCAGGAAUCCCGCAAAAGAACUAUCUGACAGGAAUGCUUCAGGGAAAUGUGCCCGUUAUCCGGGACAAGAACUCCAAGUGGUACGUUCCCGAGGAGAUGUUCCCCGACCCCCAGUAUCCCACAUACACCCUGGGCAUGGGGUACGUCUUUUCCAACGACCUUCCCGCUAAAUUUGUGGACGUCUCGAAAUCUAUCAAACCCUUUAACAUUGAAGAUGCUUAUAUUGGGAUGUGCAUUAAAAAGCUCGGACUUUCGCCGACAUUUCCACCGGACCCUUCGCAGUUUAAGGCUUAUAAUUCUAGGUACGAUCGCUGUGAAUUCUCUAAGAUCAUCACCUACAUUCUUGGCUCUUCGGAAACAUUGAAGAAGUAUUGGGCAGACUUCAAGAAGCCUGGACCUCACUGUUAGGAAUCUGGCUGUUCAAAAUACACAUAAAACAAACUUUGAUAGUGACAAACUCUGAAAGACCAAUAAUGCAAUAAUUGCAGAGAAGGUUAGUUCAGCAAACCAAUAACUGAGGCCGACUGAAUGCAAAAGCACAAAAACCAACAAUGCAUUCAAAGGAACUGAUUAAAAACUAUAAUUGACCAAGAGCGAGUUUGUAAACAAAGACCGGAAUAGAAUUAUUCAAAAUAUAAUUUUCUAUCCACUCUUGUUUUGAUAUUAUUAUUUUUUUCUUCUUAAAUGUCAAACAUUUUGCUUGUAGACAAUAUAUUUUACACAUGUUUCCAUUGUUUGGGAUACAUCUAAAAGGAAAUGGAUAUGAUUGCAAUGUUACUGAUUUUGUUAAAUUUACUAUUGCUUUUAGAAUUUAGUUGUUCACAAAAAAAAGAAAAAAUUGUCAUCCAAUAAAUUGUUUCAAUGAAUGAGGCCAAAUGAAAUUAGGUCUUGCUUGCACUUCACCAAAAAAUCGCAAAGGAAAAAUGCAGCAGACGACAUGUGGAGCUUUGAAUCGUCAUCGUAAUUAACAGCUUUCUCUGGAAGUCUUUGUUACUUCCUCUGUAAGAAAGUAAGGAAAUCCUGUUCACAUCAUCCUGAAGUCAUAAUCUGCCAAGUGGGUUGUAACGUUGUGCAACAGCACGGUUUAAAAAAAAAGGUCUUGUGUGAUAAUUAAAUAUAAAGUUGAUUAUCACAAAUGC